GAUGAUAUAUUAAGCACUUUACCCUAUACCAUGAUCUCUACCUUGGCCACAUUCCCUCCUUUCCUCCACAAGGACAUCACUGAGUAUCUCAGUACAUCCUUCUUACCCAUGGCGAUAUUGGGAUCUAGCAGGCGAGAGGGCGGUGUUCCUGCGCAUGUCAACCUGUCCGCGUCUUCAAUGCUUAUGAUCGCAAUGCAGUACACAUCAAACCCAGUGUACCACUGCCAGCUGCUGGAGUGUCUCAUGAAGUAUAAGCAGGAGGUGUGGAAAGAUUUGCUCUAUGUAAUUGCCUACGGACCCUCCCAAGUGAAACCCCCAGCAGUGCAAAUGCUUUUUCAUUACUGGCCUAAUUUGAAACCUCCGGGGGCCAUAAGCGAAUACCGGGGAUUGCAGUAUACAGCCUGGAACCCUAUCCAUUGCCAGCACAUAGAAUGCCACAACGCCAUCAACAAGCCGGCAGUGAAGAUGUGUAUUGAUGCGGCACUCUCAGUGGCCCUCGGGGACAAGCCGCCCCCACUGUACCUGUGUGAGGAAUGCAGCCAGAGAAUCACAGGGGAUCACAGUGCGUGGCUGAUCGAUGUUCUCCUCCCGCAAGCUGAGAUUUCAGCCAUUUGUCAGAAGAAGAACUGCAGCUCACACGUACGGAGGGCGGUGGUGACCUGCUUCUCUGCGGGAUGCUGCGACCGCCACGGUAACCGGCCGGUGCGCUACUGCAAACGCUGCCACUCCUACCACCACAGCAGCGAGGCCGGGGGAGCGUCCUCAUCGGAGACCCACCUGUUUCAGACCUCACCACCUCCCAUCAACACCCGGGAGUGCGGGGCAGAGGAGCUGGUGUGCGCGGUGGAGGCCGUCAUCAGUUUGCUGAAGGAAGCUGAAUAUCACGCAGAGCAGCGGGAGUACGAGAUGAACCGCCGGAGACAGAUGGGCUUGGCCUCCUCGCAUCAUUCGCUAGACAACACCGACUUUGAUAACAAAGACGACGACAAGCACGACCAGCGCCUCUUGAGUCAGUUCGGCAUCUGGUUCUUGGUCAGCCUCUGCACCCCCAGUGAAAACACGCCCACCGAGAGCCUGGCGCGCCUGGUCAGCAUGGUCUUUCAAUGGUUCCACUCCACGGCGUACAUGAUGGAUGAUGAGGUCGGCAGUCUGGUGGAGAAACUCAAACCCCAGUUCGUCACCAAGUGGCUGAAAACGGUUUGCGAAAUCCGUUUUGACGUGAUGGUCAUGUGCCUGCUGCCCAAGCCGAUGGAAUUCGCUCGGGUCGGUGGAUACUGGGACAAGUCCUGCAGUACGGUCACGCAGCUGAAGGAAGGUCUCAAUAGAAUUCUGUGCCUUAUUCCAUAUAAUGUGAUAAACCAGCCAAUCUGGGAGUGUAUCAUGCCGGAGUGGUUGGAGGCGAUCAGGACAGAAGUGCCCGACAAUCAGCUCAAGGAAUUUCGGGAGGUCCUCAGUAAAAUGUUUGACAUUGAGCUUUGCCCUUUGCCUUUCUCCAUGGAGGAGAUGUUUGGGUUCAUCAGCUGCAGAUUCACCGGUUAUCCUUCUUCUGUCCAGGAGCAAGCUUUGCUUUGGCUUCAUGUGCUGUCAGAGCUGGAUAUAGUGGUUCCUCUACAGCUGUUGAUCAGCAUGUUUUCUGACGGAGUAAACUCGGUAAAGGAGCUGGCCAAUCAAAGGAAAGUCCGGAUCACAGAACUUUCAGGAAACGUUCCAGGUCACAGGGGCAGCAUCGCCUCGGAUCCAGGGCGCCGGGUGUUACACAGUAUGCUGAGCCCUUUCCCCAGCCCGUUUCACAGUCCCUUCCGAAGCCCCAUGCGUAGUCCUUUCCGCAGCCCCUUUAAGAACUAUGGACAUCCCACUGGAAGAACCAUUGACUUUGACUGCGAUGACGACGAGAUGAAUCUCAAUUGUUUCAUCCUCAUGUUCGACCUCAUACUGAAACAGAUGGAGCUACAAGAUGAUGGCAUCACUCUGGGCCUGGAGCACAGUCUGUCUAAGGACAUCAUUUCCAUCAUCAAUAACGUUUUCCAGGCCCCCUGGGGAGGAUCGCACACGUGCCAGAAGGAUGAGAAGGCCGUGGAGUGCAGUCUGUGCCAGUCCAGUAUCCUCUGCUACCAGAUGGCCUGUGAGCUGCUCCAGCGAUUGGCUCCUAAGGUGGAGAUCCGACUGGUGGAACCAACAGACAGUCUAGAAGAGAGUCUGCUGUUCUCAAGAGCUCAAUUUAUCAUCGGGAAUGGAGGAGAAGAGGAAGAGAAUCCAUCAAAAAAACAAGGAAAUAAUCCGGGGACACACGCCGGGACGGCCGAAGCGUCCAACACAGCCAUCAAAAAUGACACCGAGCCAAAAUUUUGUUACCAGCAACUUCCUGUCACCCUGAAAUUAAUCUACACCAUCCUGCAGGAAAUGGCAAAGUUUGAUGAGCCAGACAUUCUGUUUAACAUGCUGAACUGCCUGAAGAUUCUGUGUCUCCACGGCGAGUGCCUAUAUAUCGCCAAGAAGGAUCACCUGCCGUUCUUGGCAUACAUUCAGGAACACAUGCUGAUCUCCAGCUUGUGGCGAGUUCUAAAGUCGGAGUUCUCGCAGUUGUCGUCUUUGGGGGUCCCCCUGCUUCUUCAUGCCCUGUCCCUUCCCUACGGUGCCGAUAUUUUCUGGACAAUCAUAAACUCCAACUUUAACAGCAAAGACUGGAAAAUGAGGUUUGAAGCAGUGGAGAAGGUCGCCGUCGUGUGCCGAUUUCUGGACAUUCACUCAGUCACCAAAAACCAUCUGUUAAAGUAUUCCCUGGCCCAUGCUUUCUGCUGUUUCCUAACUGCGGUGGAAGACGUGAACCCGGCCGUGGCUACAAGAGCUGGACUUUUACUGGACACCAUUAAGAGACCCGCUCUACAGGGUCUUUGCCUUUGCCUGGAUUUCCAGUUUGACACUGUGGUGAAGGACCGGCCGACCAUUCUCAGCAAACUGCUGCUUCUUCAUUUCCUGAAGCAAGACAUUCCUGCCCUCAGCUGGGAGUUCUUUGUGAACAGAUUUGACACCUUGUCUCUGGAGGCUCAGCUACACUUAGACUGCAACAAGGAGUUCCCCUUCCCUACAACCAUCACAGCGGUGAGGACAAACGUUGCUAAUUUAAGUGAUGCCGCCUUGUGGAAGAUCAAAAGAGCGAGAUUUGCACGCAACCGACAGAAGAGCGUCCGUUCCCUGAGAGAUAGCGUCAAAGGAGCUGGAGAAUCCAAGAGAGCCCUUUCCCUGCCAGAGACUCUCAGCACCAAAAUCCCUGUCAGGUUGACAAGACACGAACAGUCUGCACCGGUGCUUGGCGGCAUGGCGGAGCAAGCUCAGGGUCAGCAUUCUCCAGAAAAUGACAACAUCAUCAAGGACCCUCUGCCGGAGGACGCGGGAAUCGACCACCAGACCGUGCACCACCUGAUCACCGUCCUCAUGAAGUUCAUGGCCAAAGACAAGAGCAGCGCGGAAGCCGACAUCAGCAGCGCCAAAGCUUUCAACACCGUGAAACGCCAUCUAUACGUGCUGCUCGGCUUUGAUCAGCAGGAGGGGUGUUUCAUGAUCGCCCCUCAGAAAAUGCGCACGUCUACGUGUUUCAAUGCGUUUAUUGCAGGAAUAGCGCAGGUGAUGGAUUAUAACAUCAACCUGGGAAAGCAUCUUCUCCCUCUGGUGGUCCAAGUCCUAAAAUACUGCACCUGCCCCCAGCUCAGGCAUUACUUCCAGCAACCCCCCCGCUGCUCGCUCUGGUCUCUGAGGCCGCACAUCCGGCAGAUGUGGCUGAAAGCUCUGCUCGUCAUCCUCUAUAAGUAUCCUUACCGGGAAGCUGAUCUUGGGAAGAUCGUGUUACAUCUCAUUCACAUCACCGUAAACACGCUGAACGCUCAAUACCACAGCUGCAAACCGCACGCCACGGCCGGGCCCCUGUACAGCGACAACAGCAACAUCAGCCGCUACAGCGAAAAGGAGAAAGCAGAGGAAGACAGCGUCUUCGAUGAGUCCGACAUCCACGAAACGCCCACGGGAGCCUGUAACAAGGAGUCCCAAACUUUCUUUGCACGUCUGAAGAGGAUUGGAGGGAGCAAGAUGGUGAAAUAUCAGCCAGUGGAGAUGAGCGGACAGAGAAGUGAAAUAGAACUGGCUGAGUACCGAGAAUCCGGAGACAGCAUCCUGCGCUGCGUAAGAGAAGAAACCAUGCAGAAGAAACGGCUGCGUUCCCUUAAGCAGAAGUCCCUAGACAUCGGCAACACGGACUCCUUGCUGUUCACCUUGGACGAGCACCGCCGGAAGUCCUGCAUAGAACGGUGCGAGAUCAGCCACAGCCAAAAGAUGAACGACUAUGCGCAGUCACGUCAGAACUCCUCCAACAAGGCCGAUAAUGUGGAUUCCAACGAGAAGCCAUCGGAAAGAGACAGCGACCAUGAGGUCAGGAAACCCGUUAUACCAGAGGUGAGGUUGAGUUGCAUGGAGACCUUCGAGAUCAAGGUGGACUCUCCAGUGAAACCGUCUUCUCCAAUAGAAGACUUGGAUCUCAUAGAUUUAUCUUCAGACUCCACCUCAGGCCCGGAGAAACAGUCCAUGUUAUCCACCUCUGACAGCGACUCUUUGGUGUUUGAGCCUCUGCCGCCCCUGAGGAUCGUGGAGAGCGAUGAUGAAGAGUUCCAGCUCAUCAACAGUAGAAACAUUAUGGUUUCAGCUACUUCAACUCCCAUCAGCGCAUCUGUGCUUAGCCUAAGUAUGACACCGCUGGUACAAGUGAGCAUAGAGGAUUGCUCGAAAGCCUUCACCGCCGAGGAUUUCUGCUACAGUCCAGAUUUGCAAGCAGAAGACAUCUUUUCCCAUGGUGCAGAAGAUCAAAAAGACUUGGUCAAACGAGAAGGUUUCCUAGAAGUCUCCACCGGGAGCCCGCUCACUCUCAAACAGAAGAGGGACCAGCUACGCAAAUCCUGCGCUCUCGCCGACAUGUCUGUGGAUGACAACUUCGAGGACCCCAUGGAAGAAAACAAGUCCCCUGUCAAAAUUGUCCAUCUCAGCGUCCCGGUGGAUGCAGAAAACCAAACGGAUAGUGAGAAGCCUGAUGCCGGCACAGAAUCAGAUCCGGAGCAAAGUGUAGAACCGAAGGAGGAGACGGAAGAGUUUAAGAUACAAAUAGUUCCCAGACAACGGAAGCAAAGAAAGAUAGCGGUCAGUGCAAUCCAGAGGGAAUACCUGGACAUCACCUUUAAUAUCCUGGACAAGCUGGGGGAGCAGAAAGGAACAGAGACUGAUACUAAAGAGCUGUCAAUUUUGGAGAUUCCUCAAGAAUCGUCUUCUGCACCCACCCUAGAAGCCGGGGUCCCCGAGCCCUGUAGUCGUUCAUCUCUUGCAAAUGAUCCCAAAGCAGCACAUGAAGUUUUAGGAAGCAUUUCCGAAGUCUCCAUGGGAAGGACGAGCAUCCCAUAUAUUCAGAUAGGAGCCACCAAAUCCAGCCUUCUCUCCGCUCCCAGCAUUGUCAGCAUGUUUGUCCCGGCUCCUGAAGAUUUUUCUGAUGAGCAGCCCACGGUAAUGUCUGACAAGUGUCAUGACUGUGGGGCCAUCUUGGAGGAGUAUGAUGAAGAGACCUUGGGCCUGGCCAUAGUCGUUCUCCUGACCUUCAUACACUUGAGCCCAGAUUUGGCCGCACCCCUGUUGCUCGAUAUCAUGCAGUCUGUGGGGAGGUUGGCCUGCAGCACGAGUUUCUCCAGCCAGGCAGACAGUAUGAUGAUUCCAGGGAACGUGGCGGGGGUGGCCAAACAGUUCCUGCGCUGUGUUUUCCAUCAGCUGGCUCCCAACGGCAUCUUCUCGCAGCUGUUCCAGAGCAAUAUCAAAGACGGCAGCUUUUUGCGAACCUUAGCGGCAUCUCUGAUGGACUUCAAUGAGCUCAGCUCUUUUGCUGCACUGAGCCAACUGCUGGAGGGGUUGAAUAACAAGAAGAAUUUACCAGCCGGUGGUACGAUGCUGAGAUGCCUGGAAAAUAUUGCCUCAUUCAUGGAAGCCUUACCUAUGGAUUCCCCCAGUAAUCUGUGGACCACUAUCUGUAACCAGUUCCAGACCUUUUUCACAAAAUUGCCUUCUGUCCUUCCACUAAAGUGUUCCUUAGAUUCCAGUCUGCGGAUAAUGAUUUGUCUUCUGAAGAUCUCAACAUCUAACGCCACCAGGAGUCUGCUGGAGCCAUUCUCCAAGCUGCUGAGCUUCGUCAUUCAGAACGGGGUGUUCACCCUAGCGUACCUCGUUGAGCUCUGUGGCCUGUGUUACCGGGCGUUUACCAAGGAACGGGACAAGUACUACCUGACCCGCAGCGUAAUCCUGGACCUGCUGCAAGCCUUGAAAUUAAAGUCUCCCCUGCCAGACACCAACCUCCUGCUGCUGGUUCAGUUCAUUUGUUCAGAUGUUGGAACGAAGUUGUCAGAGUCCACGAUCAUUCACAAGCAGAUGAUUGCGUCGUUACCCUCGUGUGGCACGGCCGCCAUGGAGUGCACCAGACAAUACAUUGGGGACAUCUUGGAUUUCAUUGCAGAUAUGCACACCCUGACCAAGCUGAAGAGCCACAUGAAGACCUUCUCACAACCCUUGCACGAGGACACCUUUGGUGGACACCUUAAAGUAGGUCUUGCCCAGAUUGCUGCUAUGGAGAUAACUCGUGGAAACCACCGAGACAAUAAAGCGGUCACAAGAUAUCUGCCCUGGUUAUACCAUCCACCGUCAGCCAUGCAACAAGGUCCCAAAGAGUUCAUCGAAUGUGUCUCUCACAUCCGACUCUUGUCGUGGCUUCUCUUGGGGUCUCUCACCCAUGGCGUGGUCUGCAUGAAUUCGCCCUCCCCAUGUAUGCCAAUCCCAUUAGAUGCCGGCUCACAUGUUGCUGAUCAUCUGAUCGUCAUUCUCAUUGGAUUUCCUGAGCAAUCAAAGACCUCCGUGCUCCACAUGUGCUCCCUCUUCCACGCCUUCAUCUUCGCCCAGCUGUGGACGGUGUACUGCGAGCAAGCAGCCAUCGCUCCGUCCAUUCAGAACCAGAACGAGUUCACGGCCAUACUGACGGCUCUGGAGUUCUGGAGCAGGGUCACCCCCAGCAUCCUGCAGCUGAUGGCGCACAAUACUGUGAUGGUGGAAAUGGUGUGUCUACAUUUGAUCAGCCUGAUGGAAGCGCUGCAGGAGUGUAACUCCACGGUUUUCGUGAAGUUGAUACCAAUGUGGUUACCGAUGAUCCAUUCUAAUAUAAAGCAUUUAUCAGCCGGGCUGCAGCUGCGCCUCCAGGCAAUACAGAACAGUGCAAACCAGCAGAACCUGCGGAUGUUACAAGGCUCGGUGCAGUUCAGCCACAACUCGGGGGUUCUGAAGAAAUGGCUCCAAUGUACUCAGUUUAAGAUGGCGCAGGUGGAGAUCCAGUCCUCAGAGGCUGCAUCGCAGUUCUAUCCCCUGUAGUGUUCCAGUCCUCAGAGGCUGCAUUGCAGAUCUAUCCCCUUUAGUGAUCCAGA